CUCGCUCUUGUGUCCUCUCUGGACUUCUCCGCUUCUCCUCCUCUGUCGCCUCCGUCGCAUGUUUGUAGUCCAAAAACGUGAAUAACGGGUUACAACAGAGAUACCUCAGUUUUGUGAUCAUAAAAGUCACCUUUCUGUUUUUGUUUUGGCUCUUAUAUUUCACUUGUAAGAAUACAUUAUCACACAAAGCCACGAUGUUUAAUGUCAGCUUUAGACGCGUGUGACAAGCCCAUACUGUUUGCGGGCAACAUGAGCAAGCAGUGUGUUGGAAACAGUGACAGACCAGCAUGCACAACUGCUCACGUUAUCUCAUCUUUUUCCAGUACAUUGGAACAAAAUACAGCGGUGUGGUCAAGGUGCCCCCACACCAGCUGGACAAGAAGGGGGUUCAGGACCACCUGGAGUGCAUCAUACUUUUGGACUCCAGUCAGGACCCUCCAGUCACAGAUAGCAGACAUCUCUAUCGACCCGCACAGCUCUAUCUACUGCAGGAGGACGCGAUCAGGAGGCUGAGGCCGCUCAACCCGGUGUCUCUGUCAAUCUCCAGCAGAACAGACAGGGGUGUCCACGCCCUCUCGAACUCCGCCCACUUUGACCUGCAGCGAGCACCCAACAAGCCGCCUUUUGCUGAGGACAUCCUCGCUGAAGCCCUCAAUUUCCACCUGAGGACAGAACAAAUCCGGAUCACCCGUGCCUACCAUGUGCCCGCUGACUUCCAUGCCCGUUUCCAGGCCCAGUCUCGGACCUACGUCUACCGGAUAGCCCUGGGAGUCUCCCACCACUCUCAGCUCCCCCUCACCGACUGCAAUCUGUGCUGGAACCUCCGCGACACGGAGCUGAAUGUGGGAGCCAUCCGUGAAGCUGCCGCCCUGCUGGUCGGGACUCAUGACUUCAGCAGCUUCAGAGCGUUCAACUCCGACAUGCCCUUCAAAAGCCCCGUAAAGACCCUGGAGGUGGCCAGCAUAGAGCCGGGAAGCACCUUUGCACACACACACUUUCACAGGGAGAUCCCGUUCUGGGAGCUGACAUUUAAAAGCAGGUCUUUCCUCUAUAAGCAGGUGAGGAGGAUGACGGGGGCCCUGGUGGCAGUGGGACAGGGUCGGCUCUCGGUCCCCCAGCUGAAGGAGUUACUGGAGGCUCGGGACUCACUGGCCUACCCCCAGAAUCUGGCUGCCCCCGCCUACGGCCUCUUCCUCAGCAGGGUGGACUACAGAGAGGAAGAUCUGCAGCGCUCUCCACACACCUCAGACAGGGAGCUUCCCUCCAGUGAAAAGCAUAAGUAGGACUAAUUCUCCUACUUGAAUAUUAUGUUGACUCAUACUGCUGUAUUUCCAUGCCUUUAUAUGAACCAAAUUUUAAUAAAGGUUUUUAUAUUGA